AUGUUGGAUUACGAAUGGGGGAACACAUCAAUGAUUGUACUCGCCGGAAAUGAAGGCGCCGCCGGCGAACCCGACCAAACGCGCCGGCAAAUCUUCGACCACCAUUUCGCCAUGCUAACUGACCCCAUUCUACACGGCUCAACACCAACAGCCACUACUGGUUUCUCUCAUCACCACCCCUUCAACCCACCACAACCGCAACAGCACCAACCCUUCUUGGACCCACGCGCCUUCCAAAGCGCGUCCCCCACUUCCUUCUCCCCACCACCUUCGAUGAUCUCACUUAACCCAAUCCCACCUUUAGCUUCCUCCCACUGUGGGCUUGGGCCUGCCUCCGGGCUUGGAUUUCUGCCCAUGUCCAAGUCCGGGGAUGUCACUUCGCCCAUGAACUUCGAGGGCUCUGGUCGUGGUCUCGCACCCGAGCCUGGACCCAGACUUGGACUCAACCUCGGAGGCCGCACUUAUUUUGCGGCUUCCAACGACGACGCCGUGGACCAAUUCUACCGUUCCAAGAUGGUUUCCACCGUGUCGUCGAAUUUGCCGCGCUGUCAGGCAGAAGGGUGCAAUGCGGACCUCUCCGACGCGAAGCACUACCACCGCCGCCAUAAGGUGUGCGAGUUCCACUCCAAGGCCGCCACCGUGGUUGCCGCCGGCUUGACUCAGCGAUUCUGCCAGCAGUGCAGCAGAUUCCAUCUUCUUUCAGAAUUUGACAAUGGGAAACGGAGCUGCAGGAAGCGACUGGCAGAUCACAAUCGUCGCAGAAGAAAAACACAGCAGGCAACCCAAGAAAUUCACAAAUCUCACCAGCAUUCUCUGGACAAUGUUACGAGGUCCUUGGCUGAAUCUGGAGCUCAAACUUCCUCAUCGGUGACGGUGCAAGUGUCACCCCGAGAUUAUUUCCAGCAAAGACCAGAGCAAGAUAGAGGUUCUUCGUCAACAUCAUUAGGGUCAUUGUUUUUCUCAAAUGGGACCAAUUUGCAUGGCUAA